AUGGCAAAUUACUACCUGCGUUUUGUGCAAGAUUACGCAGAGAUCACUACUCCUCUAAGACGGUUGUUGAAACAAGAUGUUCCUUGGAAGUGGACAAAUGAGUGUCAACUAGCAUUCCAGCAAUUAAAAAACUCAGUUACAUCAGCCCCGGUUCUAGCACAUUUUUCAACUAUGGCAGUUCCAUGUGUAACUUUUGAUGCUUCUGGAACGGCAUUAGGUGCUGUUCUUUCACAAUAUCAGGACGGACAGGAGCGACCUGUGGCGUUUGCAUCGAGAGCGUUAACAGAUACAGAGAAGAAAGACUCAGUGGCGGAACGCAAGGCAUUGGCCUUUGUUUCUCUUGAGGAAUUGGAACAGGAAUCAGUUGUAGAUGACAUCACACAAGAGGUUGUUCAGUUUGUGCAGAAAGGAUGGCCAUUGAGGAUGACUGAUGAGAGUCUUCAACCAUAUUAUCAUGUUCGAUCUGAGUUAUCUUUAGGGGGCAAAGAUCUGAAAUGCUUGGUUAGAGGUCAGCGAGUGAUCAUGCCACAGAAGUUGCGUCAGAAGGUGUUGGGGAUAGCACAUGAAGGACAUUUAGGAAUGGUACGAAUGAAACAGCGUUGUAGGGAGGUGGUAUGGUCGCCAGGAAUGGCUAAGCAAGUUGAGAAUUGGGUAACAGAUAGUGAAGCAUGUCUCCUGAGCGGGAAAUCAGUUCGUCCUAGGGUGGCUCCAUUACAACCUGUUCAGUGGCCUGCGGGGCCUUGGGACCGAAUUCAGAUUAAUGUUUUUGGAGAACUGCACGCAGGUCCCUACAGCCAGCGAUUCAUGAUCGUUGUUCAUGACUUAUUUUCGAAGUGGCCGGAGGUGCAAGUCAUGCAGAAUGUGACCACUGUCACUGUCAUUGAUUUUCUUCAGUCUUUAUUUGCUAGAUGA